AUGGCUCCAUCAGCGAUCGAUCCUCGAGAGGAACAAAAGAGAAAUGUUACCAGCGCACGAGUUCGUACCAACGGUAUCACAAAGAACACAGCAACCAAGCCGAAGAUGAACAAAACCACAGAAGAUUUAGUCAGGCCGAUUGAAGGAUUGGUAAUAGAGAAGACCGCCAAUUCAUCAUCGACAAUAGAAACCACGAAUACAGUUUACAACGAUGUAUUCUCCAACCUUCGCGGUCAUUUCCAGAAAGCAGAUAUCGUCAAGUCUGACGUCGCCAAGUCUGACGUCGCCAAGUCUGGUAGUACAACAACUGCUGUUAAGAAUAAACUUGCAAAAAAAAUCAUUGAUCAGGAUGAGGAUGCCGCCUACAAUAUGAUCAAAGCCCACUUUAGUUCCAUGAGCUCGGGAGGCAAGGGGCGCGCUAACAAAUGGAGCUUUCUGAUACAACUUUCAGAAGCAAUUACCUACACUAAUAUCACAUCUAGCCAGAUAAAAGCUUCAAAUACACACUUCACAGCCUAA